UUUGUCUAGGCUGUUGUCUUUCUCUUGUUGUCUAUUGAUGCCGUUGGCAUAUUUACGCAUUCAUUUUACGCAUUGUUCGCUUUUGAAUCAAACGUCUCUGAAUCUUAAUUUCAUGAUGGUAGAAAUGAGUAAGACGCCAUAUUGUGCAUCUGGUAGAAGUAGGCUAUCCGUGCGCAUCAAUGUAAACUGUUCAAGAGGGCAAAAGUGGAUACUCUAUGGAUCUCUGCGACUGUGCAUGUUCUUUUUGGCUAUUUUAUUUUACAACAAUUACGCACAUUCUGAUCUUUACUUUGUACAAUUGUCAAAUAUAUUUCUUUGGUACACCAUUGCCCACAGUGAAACCCAACUCUUGUGAACGUUUCAAACCCGCUUAUUGGCUAGAGUUACUACAGCUGGAAUGUUGGUGAAUAGGAAACUAUUAUAACACAAAGUCAGGGAACAGACGUCAGUUGAUCUCAUUCAAACGAGUCAAUGGUAAUAGUUCCGGUAUUUGUCUUUUUUUUAUGUGAGAACUCUUGUGAGACUAUAAAGGAAUCGAGUUUAUUGGCUUAUAGCCUUUUAAUAAUGAUCAUCUUUACCCCCUAUUGAUCAUAUAAUAACAAUAUGCUUUCCAAUAUUUCACGUUACCCUACACUUCUUCAACUCCUCCCAUCUUAACCCUGUGUGUGUGUGUGUGUGUGUGUGUCUCAUAUCUGGUAUAUAUUCCCCCAACAAUAUUAUCGGUAUUGGUUACUGUGGCCCAUGGCUAAAUGAAGAGGUGGGAUAGCCUCAUACGCCAAAAACUUCUUAAGUCUUUUGAAGUCUUUCUUUCACUGGGGCCUGAAAUGUAUCAUCCAGCGUCGUAUUAAAUGAUCAUUAUUCCUGAAGGCUUGGUGGUGUACACAGCGAGGCGGGCAACACCCUGGAACAUUCUGUAGUCUUCAACAACACUUUGUGCCCCAGGGCAUCUCGCCUGGAGCGAAGGGCUGAAUGAGCCCUAACAACUGUCUUCUGUUUACCUUUUAUGGUUAAAAUUCAAAGCUUAGUAAAUGUGCUCUUGCAUGGAAGAACAAGUUGAUGAAAUGCCUUUCUUUCAAGUUAUAAUAAUUUAGUUUAUUCCAGCGACCCGCCAUUUUUGCAGACAUGAUGGAUAUAUAUUUUUUCAUGAAACCACAUCCUAAUGAAGGAAGAAGCAUGUCCCGACUGUCUUUGACCCGGUCCCCGGUAUCUCCUAUGUCCACACAAGGAAUCCCUCUACCGGCUCAACUGACAAAGUCGAAUGCUCCGGUACACAUUGACGUCGGGGGACACAUGUAUACUAGUAGCCUGGCUACUCUCACCAAAUACCCAGACUCAAGAAUCAGCCGUCUGUUUAAUGGCACAGAGCCCAUCGUGCUGGACAGCUUGAAGCAGCACUACUUCAUUGACAGGGAUGGAGAAAUAUUCCGCUACAUACUCAGCUUCCUCAGGACCUGCAAACUGCUUCUCCCAGAUGACUUCAAGGAGUUCCACCUGCUGUACGAGGAGGCUCGGUACUACCAGCUGUCCCCCAUGAUUAAGGAGCUGGAGCGUUGGAAGCAGGAGAGGGAGCAGCGCAGGACGGCCCAGCCCUGUGACUGCCUGGUGGUGCGGGUGACGCCUGACCUAGGUGAGAGGAUCGCCCUUAGCGGGGAGAAGGUGCUCAUCGAGGAGAUCUUCCCCGAGACUGGAGACGUCAUGUGCAACUCGGUGAACGCCGGCUGGAACCAGGACCCCACGCACGUCAUCCGCUUCCCCCUCAACGGCUACUGCAGGCUCAACUCUGUCCAGGUUCUAGAGCGUCUGUUCCAGAAGGGUUUCAGCGUGGCAGCGUCCUGUGGCGGCGGGGUGGACUCCUCCCAGUUCAGCGAGUACGUGCUGUGCCGUGAGGACCGGCGGAGUAUGUCCAUGAACACCCCCAUCAGGAUAAAACAGGAGCCCCUGGACUAGAGAAACUCUAGGAGAGGAGAGGGACUAGCCACGAGGGGCUCCUCACCCCCCUACUGGACAGAACAGAACAAACCCAAACCCUAAUAUCCCUCCACCUCACACCACAGAAACCAACCCAGCAAGAAACACCUAAGUAUUAGCAGACGCCUGAUAACGUUGGCAGCUCUGAGGAACUCAGUGCUCUAAGGGGAAUGUAGUAUAAACACAAAAAAGCAAAUAAAGAAAACAAAAGGAUUUGAUUCUGUUUACUAAUAACACCCAAAGAAAUAUAGGACUAUGAUGAUGAACAGAAAGACUGAAACAGCAGCUCCAUCUCUUGAACCAUUUAAGCACCGUGACCAAUCUCUUUUUCCUCCAGUUGUAAGGCUCUCUGACCCCUUGUGAAGAGGUGUCCUGACCUCAGUGAGGAGCACGGCCCCCUUGCCCUCAGUACAGCGCAUGGCGGUGUGUCGUCCAGUCCCGUACGUGUCUGUGUGAGGCCCAUGUGUUGUGUGCGCCGUCCAGUGCAGCUGAGUGGGGACAAGACAGGUGCUAUUUAGGGAGGCCUGGCCUGACAAGGGACAGGGCUGACAGAGAGGAAGAGGAGGAAGUGACAGCCAUCCAGCCCACAUUGCUCUUAUAGCCAGCAACCAGGCCUCGCAGCCAAGGGAGGUCCGAUUGAUUGUCUUUCUUAUUUUCAUUGUUGUUUAUAAAGUACAACUUUUUUCUCUGUUUUUUUUGCUGUUUUAUCACAACAUGGUGUAAACAAUUAUUAAUAGGAUUGUUUUAUGUUUUUUUCCCCUCCUAUAUGAAGGAUGUAUGAGCGUUGUAUUCAGUCAGUAGGUUUGAAAGCUUGAGAAUGAGAAAGAGAGACAGAGAGAGAGAGAUACAGAGAGACAGAGACAGAGAGAGAGAGACAGAGAGAGAGAGAGAGAGAAAGAGAGAGAGAGACAGAGAGAGAGAGAGAGAGACAGAGCGAGAGAGAGAGACAGAGCGAGAGAGAGAGACAGAGAGACAGAGAGAGAGAGAGACAGAGCGAGAGAGAGAGACAGAGAGACAGAGAGAGAGAGACAGAGAGAGAGAGACAGAGAGAGAGAGAGAGAGACACAGAGAGAGAGAGAGACACAGAGAGAGAGAGACAGAGAGAGAGAGAGACAGAGAGAGAGAGAGACUUGGCAGUGGCUAUAGAAACACUAUUAUGUCUGGAGGCUACGUGGCUAAAGCAGCAGUCUGGCUGGUAAUGCAUUCAGAGCUGGAGAAGGUCUCAUUGUUUAAAUGGGGCUGCAAGGGAACCUGGCUAUUUCUACAUCUUUCAGAGGAAACAUUUGUAGCAUGCAUAAAGUGCAUUGGCUUUGUCACAAUUAGCUGUCAAACAUAUCUUACAUCAAAUAAGAUUAACAAUGUGAGAGUACAUAUAUUUAUUAAAAAGUCAAAAGUCUAAAUGUAAAAUGAUCUGCAAUGUGAAAUGAGAAAAUCUGAAUGAAAUUGUAUAUGAAGGCUCUGAAUGUGUUGCUGGUUGUGGAAUGCCAGAAUGUUCCUAACUUGACAAGGAACAUGUGAACUGAGGUAGAUCAGUGUAUCUCCAUGAUUGUGAUGAGAUGCACUCUAAAUGCUUGAUAACUUUGUUUGCACUUAUAACACAUCAUCUACAAAACAUCCUCCACCCCAAAUAAGUUCUUAGUAUACGUCCUGAUGACCAGCACCAAAUCAACCCACACAUUAUCUCAUUGUGUUUAUAGUAAUUAGCACAUAUUAAUAUGUUGAGAGAGCCCAAUGUAAGUAAUAGCAAACUUCGGUGAUAAAGCUAAGUUGCCUAUUUGAUGAUUGUACAAAGUUUAAAAUUCAUGUUUUCAUAAUUGUUUAUUUGACACAGAAAUCACUAUGAUUAUUCAAAACAAUUUUAUAGGAACAAACACAGUACAAAUAGUCUGACAAUUGAAAGAAUACUUUACGUUCAAUCAUGUUUGUCUUGCUGACUGUCAUUUCAUUUCUAAGGCAGGAUUAUUUCAAUCACUCAUCACAUGUCUGCAGCAGCAUAACCUAAAAUGAACUGUAAGCUGAGCAUCAGAGUAUUGUUUACAGAGAAAAAGAGUGGGAGGCACUUACUCUAUCCUGCUGUGAUUCCAUGGUUUGAUUCUCUACAUUUGUGGAUCAAAGAGAGAAACAAGAAAGAAAGAGUAUAAAGUUGUCAUACUUUAUAUCUGUGUAACUGUGUUUCAUCCAUUCCAAAAUAAUAGAUCAAAAAGAGGCCAAUUCUGAUCUUGGUUCAGCACCGGCUUGUUAAUGAGUUUGUUUUGAAACCUUCUAUGGUGGGUGUUUCACUAAUUACAAUUACAAAAAUCUUAUUUCAAACGGGAUGGUAGUCUAAUUUGUAAUGAACCAACUCUCCUCUUGGUCCUAGUGUCCAGUGUCUUCUCUGUGGAUGUCCACUGAUUAACCAGCCCCAGGACUUCUUCAGUCUUCAGUUUUUAAAGAUGGUCAGGGUUAGUUAGUUAGUUAGUUUAGCUCCAAGAAGUCCAGAAGGCAGCACAGACCUCCUGGGGGGCCUCCCUCCCAAUCAGGCUCCUCUUUGUUCUGACCUGCUACUGUCCUGGGCCCUUGUAUCCAGUCGCCUCAAAGGGAAUGGCCAACCAGGCCUUUCAUGUUGCUGAGGGAUGUGGGGCUUCAGAGCCCAGCGGAUCCCCCGGGCUCCCAUGCACUCCCGGCUCCUCAGCAAUGCCAGUAGAGACAAGGGUUGUGCCCCCCACUGCGUCAUCACAUUCCCAGACCCUUCUGUACAGAGCACCCACCUAACGUUACCCCCAUGGCUCACAGGACCGCACCGCACCAGACCAAACAAACAUUCCCUCCCUACUUUAUGUCCUCUGGUAUCACUAGAUUCAACUUUACAUCUGAAGGGAACUGGCUCAGUUCUCAAUGGUUCUGAAUAGUUACAGUAUGUGGCAGCAUUUAGCUCACCUUCAUCAGUUCACUUCCCUGUUGACACAAGAGUAAAGCAACUCAACAAUACCUCUUACAGGUGGCAGGUUCUCACAGAUACCUCAUUACAUUACUGGGCCAUUUCCUCUAACAUAUUGUAUGUUUUCACACAUACUCUCAGAAAAAAGAAGUGCUGUGCAGCACCAUUUGUCCCUGUAGGAGAACCCCCUGAAAGUUGGCUCCAGAUAGAACCAUUUUGGGUUCAAAAUUGAACCUGUGUUCCAGGUGCUAUUAAAGCGUGCUAUUUUGAACCAGAUCUUAAAUGGUUCUAUCUGGAACCUUUUUUUCAGAGGGUUCCCCUACAGGCACACAUGGUGCCACAUAGCACUCUUUUUUCUGAGAGUGUACCAUUUUCUUUUAGUAAUUUGUGGUCAGUAAGACCAUAAUUAACAAGGAGUCCUACCACUUCUCUGUGUGGUGUGAAGUCCAGAGACCGGAGGGCAGUUGUACAGUUGUUUGUAUAUUAAAUUGUUAUCAGGACACUGGCUUUUACUGAGCCCUCGACCGUCUUAUUAAAAAAGAGACCUAUAAGUCCUCUCAUUUACUACCAAACAAAAAUAAUGAAAAUCAUUUCCAAUUUGCAAGCAUUAUGUUGUGUACAUAUGGAUUAAACACAUUUCAAAAGGGUAUACUUAAGGUACAAAAUGUAUAUUAUUGAAAAUGUUUUAAUAAUUAGACUGUGGUAUUAAAGGGCAUGUGUUCACUUACAGUGUGUCCAUUUGAUUUUUCUUGCAUAUUUGCGAUAAUAAAAGGAUGUACUGUAUAUUUUCUGCCUCA